GCGUUUGCGUGAUUAUUUAUAUCACAUGCUCGUCAUAUGAUAAAUUCCAAUCCUAUUUUUGUGAAAUUCUGAAUAAAUUUCCAAUAAAGAUUGAAGUGUAAUUAUAAUGGCCCUGCACGCCGCAAUAAAAGGAAAAUUGAUUUCAGUUAUCGGAGAUGAAGACACCUGUGUUGGUUUUCUUUUAGGGGGUGUAGGAGAAAUAAACAAGAAUCGACACCCCAACUUUAUGGUUGUAGAUAAGAAUACGGCUAUCAGUGAAAUCGAAGAAUGCUUCAAACGAUUUUUAAAACGAGACGAUAUUGAUAUCAUUCUUAUUAAUCAGAACAUUGCAGAAAUGAUUCGCCACGUCAUUGAUAAUCAUACUCAGCCAAUUCCUGCAGUGUUGGAAAUACCUUCAAAAGACCAUCCCUAUGAUGCCAGUAAAGAUUCGAUAUUACGUCGUGCAAGGGGAAUGUUCAAUCCAGAGGAUCUUGUUCGUUAAAGGAAUACAAAUCUAAUUGUUGUACAUUCCUAAUUUUGUAUUAUCUAUAUGUGUAGCAUUACAAAAUUAUAUUAUGACCUGUAAUUAAAAGAUAUUUAUAUGUUGUAAGAUUAUAACAACUAUUAUGUACUUUAAUUGUCAUAAUUAGAGGUAGUUUAUGCCAAAUGGCAAUAGGUAAAAAUUCUAUUUGAGGCAAAAGUAUAUAAAUACAUGAUAACUAUAAUGGGA